UUUCUCCUGGAAUGGGGGCAGCGCGCCUGAGGGGGACGGAGGGGGAGGCACCUGUGGAAGGCAGCUGAGGGGCUGCUCGGUCACUUUACACCCAUGGCGCGCGGUGCCGAGGAGGCUCUGCAGGAGAGCGGCUCAGCCGCGCCGGCCGCCUCGGGCGGGGGCCAGCGGGAGCCAGCGGCGGCCGGGCUCUGCCCCAUCUGCCUGGGCGACCUGGACAACGCGGCCCACGUGGGCACCUGCCUGCACACCUUCUGCUUCGGCUGCAUCCGGCAGUGGGCUGCCGUGCGCGCCGCCUGCCCGCUCUGCCGCCAGCGCUUCGGCCGCAUCCUGCACACGGUCAGGGCGGACGACGACUACCAGGAGUACGAGCUCGGCCCGUCCGCCCGCCACUAUAAGUGA